AUGUCUAGACACACGUACAACCUCGAUUCGUUCAAACAAAACACAAGAGCAGCACCAACAGGAAAACAAUUGCGAAACCGAAGAAGAAACGCGAAAAAGUUCGAGAAAAACGAACGAUUACGAGUACAAUACUCUCAAUAUCGCCCAACACACAACAUCAACAUCAUCCACAUCCACCAUCGAACACCCAUUGACACCAUCGAACAAUUGAUAUGUCGGGCCGCAACAACGAAAAGAUACACCGUCGACACCGAAUCUCAAUCGGAGGGAGAUGGAAAUACAGGUGCAUUAAUACAAAUUGAAAUGGUACAUUCAAGUGACGAUUCAACGGUGAUCUUACUCGAGACUUUCUACUUUCCGGAUGCAAAAUCACAUCUAGUCGGCAGAAUCAAGCAUCUAUGGUCAAUCAUUUUCAAUUCGGACAAUGAAAUAAUUACUUGGGGAUCGGUGAAGAACGAAUUGAAGGAUUUUCAUCGAUUCGAAUGGAUGAAAAUAGGUAAGAUAAGACGCAGGAACUUACAAGCUUUAUUUCAGGACCGAGAAGAUGAAGAAGUCACGCAUCCGGAAACGGAAAGCCGUGGAACAACACAAGUAUCAUUCGACACUCCUGGUGACAAUGAUUUUUAUGAUGACGAUGAUGAUGUGGAUUACGAAGAUACGAAGAAGAUUAAAUAUUCAUUACAAACAGCGGUUGAAAUGGCAUUACAGAAAUUCCUUGACAAAGCAUUCACACGAUACCCAUGGGGUUGUGGAUUGGACUUGGCAUUGAACACAUGGCAACAUAAAUUGUUUCAGAAACAAUAUUAUAAUAGACAGGUGGAACAACAAACUCGGAUCGAUAUGACGAAUUACGCAGUACAUGAUUGCACGGCGGUCACCGAGGUCUAUUUUCACAUGUAUUCGGAACGAACGCACGAAAAUCCAACAAUAACAACGGCAACGUCAACCACAAACGAAACACCAUUUACACCGACGACGACGAAGACAAACAACGGCGACAUGUACAUCGACGUUAGCAGCGAAGACGACGAAGUUGAUCUCGAUCUUGGUGUCGACAUGGAAAUCGAACUCGAAUCAAAAUCCGAAUUAAGAACGAUGCAACAAGCAACACCAGUAGUACCCGUACCAGCAGCAGCAACACCAGUAGUACCCGUACCAGCAGCACCAACACGAUCAAAAGCCGAACGACAACGACGGAAGAACGAGAAACUAAAAGAAAAACGAAGGACACGCCCGGAUUUCCAAAGAAGAAUGAAAAGGCCGAUUUAUUAUCGAUACGAUUACCACAAGAUACGUGCUCAACUCGCCGACGACGAAAUCUACACCAGUCAUCAACUCAAUAUCGAUCAUAAGAAGCUGGAAGUGAUCAUCGGUUUUAAAUCGAAGGAACAAGAAGAAAGAGCGAGAGGAUUAGUGAAAAUCAAUUAUUUCUCUCGUUCUCAAUACUUCAAGAGAUGGGGAUGA